AUGUCCUUACGACUAAGCCUCGAACGUGUCUACGUAGCUGCCCUAGGCCUUGUUGCCACGAUCUCUCUUGUCGAUGCUGCGCCCUGUGACAUCUACUCUUCUGGCAACACUCCCUGCGUCGCCGCGCAUAGUACCACUCGUGCCUUGUACGACGCCUACACUGGCUCACUCUACCAAGUGAAACGAGGCUCCGACGGUGCCACAUCCAACAUCGCGCCACUUUCCGCCGGCGGUGUCGCGAAUGCGGCCUCCCAAGACACCUUUUGUGCUGGCACGACCUGCCUCAUCACGAUCAUUUAUGACCAGUCAGGCCGGGGUAAUCAUCUCACCCAGGCUCCGCCCGGCGGUUUCAGCGGCCCAGAAUCCAAUGGUUACGACAAUCUGGCUAGCGCUGUUGGCGCACCAGUCACGCUGAAUGGUCAAAAGGCGUAUGGCGUCUUCAUGUCCCCCGGUACCGGCUACCGCAACAAUGCCGCCAGCGGCACAGCUACAGGCGACGCGGCGGAAGGUAUUUACGCUGUCCUUGAUGGGACUCACUACAACGAUGCUUGCUGCUACGACUAUGGCAACGCUGAAACCAGCAGUACAGAUACAGGCAACGGCCACAUGGAGGCCAUCUACUAUGGCGACAACACUGUAUGGGGAACCGGCUCUGGCAGUGGCCCUUGGAUCAUGGUCGAUCUCGAGAACGGCUUGUUUUCUGGCUCCAGCGCUACAAACAACGCUGGUGACCCAUCCAUUUCCUACCGUUUCGUCACUGCGGCUAUCAAGGGAGAGCCAAACCAGUGGGCAAUCCGUGGCGCUAAUGCUGCGUCCGGCUCGCUAUCGACCUACUACAGUGGCGCACGUCCAAGUGUGUCUGGCUACAAUCCGAUGAGCAAAGAGGGUGCUAUAAUUCUUGGCAUCGGCGGCGACAACAGCAACGGCGCCCAGGGCACGUUCUACGAGGGCGUGAUGACCUCCGGCUAUCCGUCCGAUGCCACCGAAAACUCGGUGCAAGCUAACAUCGUAGCCGCCAAAUACGCUAUAACGUCGCUGACCAGCGGCCCGGCGCUCACCGCUGGUUCUUCGAUCUCGCUGCGGGCCACCACGCCCGGCUACACGACGCGCUACAUCGCACACAAUGGCUCUACUGUCAAUACCCAGGUCGUCUCAUCGUCUAGUACCACUGUCCUCAAACAGCAAGCCAGUUGGACAGUUACAACCGGCCUCGCCAAUAGUGGCUGCUUCUCGUUCGAAUCCGUCGACACCCCCGGCAGCUUCAUACGGCACUAUAACUUCGAGCUCUUGCUCAACGCCAACGACGGCACGAAGCAGUUCUAUGAAGACGCCACGUUCUGUCCGCAGACCGGUUUAAAUAGCCAAGGUAAUUCUAUUCGAUCUUGGAGCUACCCUACUCGCUAUUUCCGCCACUACGACAACGUGCUCUACGCCGCGAGCAAUGGUGGUGUUCAGACGUUCGACGCCACUGCUUCAUUCAACGACGACGUGAGCUGGGUAAUCAGCACCGGAUUCGCUUGA